AUGGUCACUGCGACGGCGGCAGGAUUCGUCAACGUCUCCUUCCUCCCGCUAUACAGUAUGGUCAAUGAACCUGGGGCCGCCGGAUCGCGAAUGGGACCCAUCAUCGCACAGGUGCCAUGGGACAUUGUCAUUAUCGGUUACACUGUGGCCUUUCUCGUUGUGCGCGGCAAGUGGGUGCACGGGCGCACAUUCACCUCACUCUUUGCCGACUACAUCUUCCUUGGAGUCCUCUCAGCGUACGGCCUCGCCACGAACAUCGCCAAGGCUGUUCUCAACCACACGGACUUCUUCGACACCCCGUAUGACAGGACGAGCACGAUGCGUGCGGCAUGGAACGUCGGUGCCGCGUCAUUCAUAUUAAACUGGGUCGUUGUGGCUCUCCUCAUCGUGACUCUUGCCUUCGAGGUCCUCUGGACGCAGAGUGCGAAACGCGCAGGCAUCAACGCACCUCUACAACGACCGUUUGCGUACGAGGCCCCCGUGACUCCGCAGACCUUCACGAUCGACAACCAGGAGAAGGACGACGAGGCCGUGCUCGUCUCGCAUGUCGACACACGACUGGAGGCGUCGACGUCAGGACUCCACCCGAGAGCCUCGCACAUCUCCCCUACCUCACCCAUUACACAUCCCGCCCAGCCCAGCCCGGGUCCGGCUUCCACUCCCUCAGAAGCGUCACCCACCGCCCAGCACAUGGGUCAUCAAGAAGACCUCCCUGGCUACUCCGAGGGCAAUUCUACCGCUGCGGCAUACUAUGCUGCCGCGGCUGCAUACAUAGCCGCGGCCGAGAUGGCCGCGGGCGGGCGAGGCAACUCCUUCCCGGCCUCGUCGCCGAGCGUCACGCGAAGGACCAGCACUCAUUCUCUGACAGUUAGAGAUAGAGACAGUGACGGGCCAAUCGACGUCUCCAGCAUUGGCCACAACCACAAGCGCGGACGCCCCUCGACGUCGUCUAAUUUCGCCGUCACCGACCUUUCCCCCGCCCCCGAAGUCGAGCGCGACCCGACGCAGGCUAUACGCCGCGUCUCCUCCCCCCUUGAAACUCUCAAGCGCGACACGCUCGCCCUUCUCCGUUCCCAGGCGAACGAGGUAACAACCCCCCCUGUCCCUCCCGAAUCCUAUCCCCGACUGUCUACCGCGCCAUUCAGCGCCACAUCUCUUCCUGGCCAAUUCCACCACUCCCAAUCACCCUUACCUACUCCCAGGAUCACCACACCAGAUCCCACUCACUCCCCACCACCCCUCCCACCAGAUGUCGCUACCGAGGCCGCUGCGGCCGUGCGUGCUAGAGGCGAACCGGGCGCUAGUGACGAACUGCGCGCUUGGAAACGCGCAGUGCUCGACGCACUGGAACGCGAGGACGGCGACGUUCCUCGUUGGAAGCGCGAUAUGCUCGAUGCUCUCGAGCGCGCCGACACACCAUCCACUGAGACGAGAGCACGAGAAGAUGUCAGAGCAGAGAAGCAGCCUUAG